AUGUGGAAAUUAGCCAUAACAACAACAACAACCGCAAGAAGAACAGGAGGAGGAAUAGGAGAAAUAGUUGCACUAAUGCCAAGAGUGACUAUCACUCCACUUUUUUUUUCACGUCGAUUGGCCAGUACAUCACGUACACCUACAACUACUACGAUUACUUCUUCUGCUUCUAUUGGUAGUACUACUACUUAUCGUAAUAGUGCAACUGCAGGUACUAGUCAUAUUAAUAAUAGUAAGAGUAGUAGUUCUCGAAUGGGACACCGCACGAGUCCAAGACGGAACUCAAGGGAACAAACUGUAAAAGUUACUGCGCAAUCUUCAAAGGCCGCGGCAUCAGGACCAACGAUGAGUAGAAGUCGUUUUUAUCGUAUUAUAAUGGAAUAUGGAUUUGGAUUCGCCAUGUAUUUAUAUAUACUAGGCGAGUCUAUAACCCUAACGGUAGUAUAUAUUCUGCAUAGUAAUAUCUUUUCUACUGGAGAUAGUUUCAGUUGGAUGCGGUCUAUUGGUUGUGAUCGUCUUGUAGACUUGGAUCGUUGGUCUCAUGCGGGUCCUGUUAUUAGCGGUGUGUGUUUCUCCCCACGACUAUUAUUGAAUUAUCUCAUUGCUAACAUCAUCACAUAUCCAUUGUAUUCUCUACAAGUUGCGUUUUGUGUGAGAACUUUUCCUUUACUUCGCUUGCUCUUGUCACCGGUGAAUUAUAUUUUCUUGCGGCUACAACGAUGUGGGAAAAACAACACGGCGAGAAUUCCAAAGGCCCCUUCUGCAAAGGUGAAGCCAGCGGGUUCAUUGACACAGUGA